AUACAGAGUUCGACUAUCAAAGUCAACAGAAUUCACGCAAAAAUGUCUUCUGAACGUCCUCCAUGAAUAGAGCUCUGGUGCCAUCUCCUCUUCCGACCGAGGAAGGAAUACUGAACUUUCUAUUGUUCAGCAUUCUGCAGUACUUUAAGAGCAGGUUCUACCAUGGAACUCGUCUGGAAGCGGCUCAUCUAAAAAUCCGGGACUUCACAAGACGCCAUCCAAUAAUCGCCCAGCUUGCGUUCCUAGCAGCCUUGCCUGUCACCAUCAUUGGAAGUAGUGUUUUGUGCUUUUGCGCUAUCGUAGGAUCAAUUUGUUUCGGGAUUCUGUCAUGUAUAGCGCUGUUUUGGAUUUGCGCUGCACUUCUUUUAGCUUCACCUUUUCUCGCGCCGUGCGCGUGUAUCACCACUAUUGCAGCCAUGCUUUACCUCGUGCUGAAUUUCAUCGUGCAUGAUGUCAUUUAUGGGCUGAGAUUAAGACCACCUCGAUUGCAUCAAGGGGUCUGGACAUUUAUCACAGACUUGCGACAUAUCGUUACGACGAUAGCAAGAUAUCUAAUAGGGCUGAUAAAUCAGCUCUACUCUGAUCCGUGGACAAGUUUAACUCAUCUAUUCAUCGCAAAGGCCCCGCGCAGGGUUCAGUUGCUCUUUGGAUGGGUUUUCCGCUUUGUUCCCGGAGAUUCUUAUAUAUGGACUCGGCCGAGAGCGAACAUGUUCGGGGAAUAUUCGGAAAGUCAAGCAUCGGUUCUGACGUCUCAAAUUAUAGGAGUAAAUAGGAGAGGAGAGAAGCCCCAAAGGCGCCAGGCAUCGGUAAAGUCAUUUCUUAGCUAUUAUGCCGCUCAACUUAUGCCUAAUCAAUGGCAAGAGAACGCCACAGCACUAAAACAAGACAUACUUGACAUGUUCCUGUGGCAUACCCCAAGGCUCAUUCCACAGAGAUGGGUAACCCGGGUUGUGUUCUUACCCAUGUGGGUGCCGCGGCUGUUUGUACGGAGCUUCUGCGCAUGCGUGGAUGGGACAUUUCGCCGCGCCUUUGCUUAUGUUUGGAGAAUCCUGUCCCAUUUGUUGUCCCUCGUGUCUCGCGCAAGGGAUUUCGCGAUCCACUCGUUGUGGCAACUCUGCUCUUCGUUUGGUCGCGUGAAAUCUCUCCCGACUUGGGUGGUGCAACUUGUGGGAACCUGGUAUUACGAACGAUUGGCAAAGAUAGCGAGCUGCGUCUUCGGCGAGUGGCGAAUAAGCUCGAAGGCGAUUACCCUCAAGGGAAACCUGCCUCCACGUCAUCAGUCGUACCUCGACCGGACACUUCGUCUCAUCACGUUACACAUGGAUCAAGUUCAUGUGGUCCUCACGCGUAACCCUGUAAUCGUAGGAAUUCUUGCCCUGGUGUUUACACCUGCCUUUCUCACACUGUCGCCCAUGUGGGUGCCGCUUCUGUUUGUACGGAGCUUCUGCGCAUGCGUGGAUGGGACAUUUCGUCACGCCUUUGCUCAUGUUUGGAGAAUCCUGUCCCAUUUGUUGUCCCUCGUGUCUCGCGCAAGGGAUUUCGCGAUCCACUCGUUGUGGCAAGUCUGCUCUUCGUUUGGUCGCGUGAAAUCUCUCCCGACUUGGGUGGUGCAACUUGUGGGAACCUGGUAUUACGAACGAUUGGCAAAGAUAGCGAGCUGCGUGUUCGGCGAAUGGCGAAUAAGCUCGAAGGCGAUUACCCUCAAGGGAAACCUGCCUCCACGUCAUCAGUCGUACCUCGACCGGACACUUCGUCUCAUCACGUUACACAUGGAUCAAGUUCAUGUGGUCCUCACGCGUAACCCUGUGAUCGUAGGAAUUCUUGCCCUGGUGUUUACACCUGCCUUUCUCACACUGUCGCCCAUGUGGGUGCCGCUUCUGUUUGUACGGAGCUUCUGCGCAUGCGUGGAUGGGACAUUUCGCCGCGCCUUUGCUUAUGUUUGGAGAAUCCUGUCCCAUUUGUUGUCCCUCGUGUCUCGCGCAAGGGAUCUCGCGAUCCACUCGUUGUGGCAAGUCUGCUCUUCGUUUGGUCGCGUGAAAUCUCUCCCGACUUGGGUGGUGCAACUUGUGGGAACCUGGUAUUACGAACGAUUGGCAAAGAUAGCGAGCUGCGUGUUCGGCGAAUGGCGAAUAAGCUCAAAGGCGAUAACCCUCAAGGGAAACCUGCCUCCACGUCAUCAGUCGUACCUCAACCGGACACUUCGUCUCAUCACGUUACACAUGGAUCAAGUCCAUGUGGUCCUCACGCGUAACCCUGUGAUCGUAGGAAUUCUUGCCCUGGUGUUUACACCUGCCUUUCUCACACUGUCGCCCGUGUUGCUGGAGUUUGCCGCCAUAUGGCUGGUGUAUAGAGUGACCAAGCGUGUUGUUAAGUUCUUUGCGAAAUGCCUGGAAGCUAUUUUUGUAAUGAUCACCCAUCUAGAGCAUGCAAUACUCCGCAACAUAUUCCUCGCAAUCCGCCUCUGUCGUCAACUGGUUGCAAAGAUCUCACGCGCCAUUCGAUUCACAAUAAACACCAUCGCUACAUUGUUACGCAUUACAGUGAAUGCCGUGAAAUUCUUCAUUGCUUGUCUAAACCCGUUUUUCCUACUCGGUGUUAUGAGAAGGGCAGCGCUGUGGAUAUUCUGGUCGUAUUUCCGUGCCGUGUAUAUAUUCUUCGAUGUGUUUACAAGCGAAAGGAUCAGCAAGCGUCUUCCCGCAUUGGCAGAAUAUUUUGAUGCAAAACCAACGGCAAUACAUCAGCCAAUGACGAGCGAGGACGAUCCGUGCGAUUCUCAAAGCUCUAGCGAGCAUUUUAUUAGAAUUAUUUACACACGGUUUAAUCCCGACGAGUCUGACAGUGACGGCCAAGCUUCAACAGACAUACCGCUGACCACCGAUGUGUCCGCUUCGUCAUCCUUUGACCACACACCGCUGACCCCGCGAUACGACAGUGACGUCAACGCGAUUGAGAGCGUUGAAAGUUUAGGGAGAUCUCUUCCCAGAUUUGAUACGCUUUACAAGGGAAGAAUGCAUGAUCCGAUGGAAACAUCACCGUCGAGCAAAGCAAUCGUAAAAGUUCACAAAAAUAAGCAUCCCAACCUCAGCAUAUCACCGCCUAGGUCAGAACCGGAAAUGGAAAAUGCUUCAAAACCGGAAGUGGCAAAGGCACCAUCGUCCUUAAAAGAACGCGCACAGUAUAAUACCGUUCCAAAAUUAGUGCGGCAAUUAAGAGUAUCAAAGCAACAGCUGCAAGAAUGGAGGAAUACACCUUAUUUGGUCACAGUAAGUAAGGAACAAAGGAAAGCUAUAGAGAGCACAAUGAGAGAAUCGAAAGAUGAACAAGUAGCGCAAACAAAAGCUGCAUGCGAGGCCUCGGAGGAGCUGAAGCAAUCAUCACAAGGGUCACAUGACGAUCCCGGAGUCAAGGAAGUCGCAGAUGUUUUUGGUUGGAUUUUUAUAUGGGUUAUUUUCCCCUCGGCUUGUUUUGUGUGGUAUUACGCAUAUACAUGUGUAAAAGAAUAUUACUUAAACAAUUAUUAUUAAAGAAAAGCUGGUAAAAGAGA